AUGGGCCUACGCGACGUCCUCAAGAAAAAGGAGAGACUCGACAACGGCGAGCACAGCAGCAAAGAUGCAGUAGACAAGCUGGCGGCACCCGAAUUCAAGUUCAUACGAUCAGAUACGCAUACCCAGGAGGUCAUCCAUCCCCCAAGCGGCCCCCCCGGGUUUGAGGACGGCAAUGAGCAGUUCCUGAACCCGAACGAGGGCGGCGGCAGCAGCCAGAAGCCCCGGCGCAGCCUCGACGUCUUCUUCGGCAACAGCCGAUUGCGCAGCGCGUCCGCCUCCUCGCAAGCGAGCCCGAAUUCCAACAAUAAUGGCAAGAUUGGGAGACGACUGUCGGAGCGGCUGCACCUCGGCCGCUCGCCGGCCUCGUCCGACAACGUGCCGCAGAACCUACCCGACAUCGUGACCACGGCCGAGGGUGGCGAGCAGGACGAGCUGCAGUGGGAGAAGCGCGCGACCAUGCUGGCUUCGGCGAACAAGAGCAGGCCCGCGACGCCGUUGCGCGACGAUGCGGCGGGCGGGGAUACGGGGAGGGAUAGGGCACAGGGCGCGGCGGCGGUUUCGUCUCCAGCCAUUGACGAGGAUAUCCAGGAGGCCAUCCGGCUGCACGAGGCGGGUGAUUUCGAGAAGUCGACGGCCAUGUUUGCUCGCCUGGCCGAUCCGAAAGGGGCGAAUAAUACCUUGAGCCAGUUCCUAUACGGUCUUUCUCUGAGGCACGGAUGGGGUUGCGAACCCGACCCAGAAGGGGCCAUCAAGUAUCUCUCGGCGGCGGCAUCGAACGCGGCAACCGUCGAGCAGAUGGCGUUGAAGGCCGGGCUCAAGAAGGGUGGUGCUGCCAAGGGCGAGCUCGUUCUCGCCAUCUUUGAACUGGCAAACUCCUUUAGACACGGUUGGGGCACGGCAAAGGACCCAAUAGCGGCCAAGCAGUACUAUGAGACUGCGGCGAACCUUGGAGAUACUGAUGCUAUGAAUGAGAUAGCCUGGUGCUAUGUAGAAGGCUUCGGAUGCAAGAAGGACAAGUUCGCAGCAGCCCGUUACUACCGGUUGGCUGAAAAGAACGGCAACAAAACACUAGGCAAUUCAUGGAUCUGGAAGGAAAAGUACGACCCAGAUGCCGGUAACAAGAAGAAGUAG